AUGUCCGACAUUGAAGUGCAAGACAAUGCCAAUACUGAUAAAGAACAAAGAACUAACGGCGGAGGUGAUGAAGGUGAUGCAUGGGGAAGUCAUGAAUCUUCCUCAGUUCGACGAUACGCUAAGAUGCCUGUUGAUAAAAAUGCUCCCUUCUACAACAUGAAUCACAAAUACCGUGGUAUGGCAAUAAUAUUUAACCAUGAACAUUUCGAUAUCCACAGUCUUAAAUCUCGCACUGGCACGAAUGUCGAUAGUGAUAAUUUAUCCAGAGUCUUGAAAGGUCUAGGAUUCCGCGUCACGGUUCUGACUAAUUUGAAGUCGGAAGAUGUAAACAGGUACCUACAACAAACUUCAGAGAUGGAUCAUUCUGACUAUGAUUGUGUUCUUAUAGCAGUUCUAACUCAUGGAGAAAUGGGCAUGCUGUAUGCUAAAGAUACCCAUUACAAACCUGAUAAUUUGUGGUAUUAUUUUACAGCUGACAAAUGCCCCACAUUAGCAGGAAAACCUAAGAUAUUUUUUAUCCAAGCUUGUCAAGGGGACAAACUGGACGGUGGAAUAACACUCACUAGCAGAUCUGAGACUGAUGGCUCUUCAAGUGCCUCCUACAAGAUACCUAUACAUGCAGAUUUCUUGAUUGUGUUUUCGACUGUUCCCGGUUUUUAUUCUUGGAGAAACACUACUCGUGGUUCUUGGUUUAUGCAAGCACUUUGUGAGGAGUUACGUUAUUCAGGAACAGAAAGAGACAUACUUACGCUGUUGACUUUUGUUUGUCAAAAAGUAGCUCUUGAUUAUGAGUCCAAUACUCCAGAUGUGAUGACCAUGCAUCAGCAGAAACAAGUUCCAUGUAUUACAAGUAUGCUAACUCGUUUACUUGUAUUUGGCAAGAAAUAG